UUUUCGAGUUUAUAAACAGAUUCGACCUUUAUUUAAUUUCUUCGUAAGUUGAAAACGCUGCCAUUCCAUUCAUAAUUUAUGCAAAUGAGCUCUUCAGUUUACAUCGCCAGCCGCAAGAUUGUUUAGAGAAGCGGCGGCGGCGGCGGCAGCAGCGGGUCACUCGAUCGACUCCACAAGCACGGAGGAAGGGGGAGGGUGGACAAGAUUAAUAGCCACUCAACGGUGGCUCCCUCUAGCAGACAAUCCAGACCCUAGCGGACAGACAGACGUUAUCAUUGCUUAGUUCCUGUUAGUACCGCGAGGAGGUGCUACAAUCGGGAUGGCUAUCUUGAAGUGUUGUUGUUGGAAAUCCGUCAGGAGAGGUAGUUUUGUUAGUGGAAUUUAUACUUUGAUGUUUUACAUAACAGUAUUAACAGCUGGAGCAUUCCAAAUCAAAGAUGUUGAACAAUCUUUAGCUCUAUUCAUACUAACUACAUUGAUGCUUAUUUUCUCAGCACUAUGUGUUCUAACUUCUGUAUUACUACUCAUAGGACUAUGUGUGGACAAUCGUCUGAUGUUGCUGCCAUGGAUCGUCGCCGUUACUAUGACAACCUUAUUGGAUAUCAUCCUCGCUUUCUAUCUCAUCAAUGAUACAAAUUUGGAUAUUAUAAAAAUUAUAUUAUUCAUCAUCGAUUUCGUCAUGUGUGGCUUACACAUCUAUUGUUUACUGUGUGUCAUCUCACAGUAUCAAGAUUACUUGAUAGGAAGAGGAAGAGCAGGAGCCGACAACGGAAAUCAAGCUGUACCACCGGUAAGAUUCUUAAGCAAUAUACCAAGUCAGCAUAAUGCACCUCAGGCUAUGUCUAAAUCUCAGAAUGGUGCACCUUCUACAAGUCUUUCGACAUCAACCACAACAUCUAGCUCGACUACUACAACGAAGAGUUUCCAUCCAACAGAUCUGAGUUCUAUAACUGAGGAACCAAGUUCGUACGAACCUUCAGAUGUCAUUAUUAAUGAAGACGAUGCUUCAAUUCCUCAUCAGAAUCCUCCGAAAAAGAUAAAUCAGAUGUCUACGGAAAAAGAACGAGAUUCUUCUACAAAAUCAACCAACAAAGGAGAAAACGAAGAAAUGCAUCCAAGAAGAUUAUCAGCAACUCAUCUCUUAGAAACAGAAAUUGCUCAUAACAAUUCCGAAAUGGCUCAUAUGAUAUAACAUUUUUUGUAAUGUUAAAUUAAUAUAAUACACUUAAAUACUCGUUUUGUUUAAGUAUAUUUCUCGAAAAGAGGAUUUAAAGCAGUAGUUGAGCAGUUUUGAUGUUGCGUGCUGCUGUUGAUGACACUAAGAACUUCGUGAACAACGAUUAAGCUCUCGAGCUUAACACUAAAAAAAAAAAAAAAAAAAAAAAACAGUUUUAAGACACGAAAAUGCUGAGAAGUUUCAGACCUUUACGGUUUUUAUAAAGAUUAUUGCCAGAUUUUUAAAGAAUUUUUAAGAAAUGGAUGCUAUUCAACAUAUCAAAUCUAUUAUAAACUUCUAUGAAUCUUCUAUAAGUGUAAACCAUAAUCAAUCUUAUAAAUAUUAACCUUUUUUUCCCAUAAAUUUAACUUAAAAUAAGGUUUAAAAUCCCUAAAAAUUUAGGAAAAUUUUAAUGGUUCACUUCUUUUUUUGGACGUGUACUUAUACUUUUAAAUAUACUGGAAUUUUUAUUAUUUAAAAGAUUUAUCUUAUAAAAUUUAAAGAGAUUAAUUGAUAAAGAAGUUUGUAAGGUAUAGAAUGAAACUUUUUCUAUAUAGAAACUGAUAAGAGUUGUUCUCUUUACGAGGCAAUAUAUAUUAAUUUUUGGGAGUAGUACGUAAUUAUGACGUUUGGGAGUGGUCUUGAUUUAAUCGCUUAUAUAUAAAUCAUCGCCCACUCCCAAAAUUAAUUAUUAAUAUAAACAGUAAUGUCUUUUCAAUAUCAUAUUUAAAAAACAAAUCAAAAUGUAGAAUUUCAUGUUAGUUCUAUACAGUAUUAUACAUUAAAAAACAGGAAAACAGUUAAUGAAAAUUGCUUGUGGAAAAUGCUUGUUGUUAUUUAUAUUGGAAUUUACUAACUUGUAAUAAUUUGUUAUAAAAUAUUUCACGAUUUUAAUAUAUAUUAUAAGAAUUAAAACGUGUAUAAAUAUAACUUGAAGAGAUACAAAAGACAAAAAUUUGCAUAGAUGAUUCUCUCUGUAAUUUAAAUUACAUGCCAACUGGAAUGAAGGCUUUUAUCUUCAAUUUAAGAAGAUUUGAAAAUAAAAUCUUUGUUUAACAAUGAAUUUUACAGUUUAUUAUGAUAAAAAAAUACUUAAACUACACUCCCAGUAAGUAAUUUAGACUUGUAGACUAUUCAUUUACACAGCAACUCUUCAUCACUUAUUCUUCUGCAGCAUCCUGAUUACAUUAUCCAGCAUUCAUCCUUCACUCCUCACUUAAUAGAUGCAGGUGAUACAGGCAACGUUUAUAAUCACACGAGGAGUAAAGGCAAAUUAUAAUAAUUUUUAAGCUAGAGUUUAUUUAGGGCCAUUUUUUUAAUGACUCGCCAUUAGCAUAACGUAAGAAUUAGGGGGAAUUAGGGAGAACGUGUAAAACUAUAUUCACCCCUUACCACUGAUGCUGUGAAUGAAAAGUGAGCUCUUAUAUAUUGUAUAUAUAUGUUUAUAAGUGCGUUAUAUGUAUUUAUUUUUAAAGUUAAGGGAGCCAGGACCCUUCUGGGAUCCCUCAGGACAGGGCCAAAAAUAUUUGAAAGGGACAUUUAUGCAGAAUUUUUGUCUAUUGUAUUAUCUAUUAAGUUUACUAAUCUCUAGUCUUCUAUAGUUAUAAUUGUUAGAGUUUUAUGAAAGAAUAAAGAGCUAUAUAAUUACGAAAAUUUAAUUAUU